GUGAGAUAAAAAAGCCAAGUCUCAAGGGUUUUAAUCUUGAGAUUGCAAUCUGAAUUUUUUUGGUAUCCCGGAAACUGUAUCGAUUCCAGAAAUUGCUUCAGUAGUCGAUAAAAUGACAAUCGCAUUCGUACGAUCGGCCAGUAGCGAUAUGUUGGCCGCUAAGCUAAUAAUUUUUGGCCUUCUGGUCGUGGCCACUGCGUCCUCUAAUCACGAGAUCAAGCAGAGAAAACAGCAGGAUCUUGAUUGGUGGAAGAGCAGUACGAUCUAUCAGAUCUAUCCGAGGAGCUUCAAGGAUAGCAAUAGUGACGGCAUUGGUGAUCUGAAUGGAAUAACCGACAAGUUGGAACACAUCCGAAAUAUUGGUGCAGACGCUCUAUGGCUAUCACCUAUCUACUCGAGUCCGCAGAAAGAUUUCGGCUACGAUAUCUCUAAUUUUACGGAUAUUCACGAAGAGUACGGCACUCUAGCAGACUUUGACAAACUCGUGAAGAAGGCCAAGUCUCUCGAGCUCAAGGUACUUCUCGACUUUGUACCGAAUCACAGCUCCGAUGAACACGAGUGGUUCAAAAAGAGCAUCGAGCGGAUCAAACCCUAUAAUGACUAUUACAUUUGGAGAGAUGGUAAAAAAGACGCUAGCGGUAAGAUGCAUCCACCGAAUAAUUGGCUGUCGAGAUUCGGACGAUCUGCCUGGGAAUGGAAUAACAAACGUAAGCAGUACUAUUAUCAUGCUUUUGUACCUGGACAGCCGGAUUUGAACUAUCGGAAUGCUCAGCUGAGAGAAGAAAUGAAAAAUGUCCUAAACUUUUGGAUGAAACGUGGAGUCGAUGGAUUUAGAAUCGAUGCUAUUAAUUUCAUGUUCGAGUCUGAAGAUCUGAAGGACGAGCCAAAAUCAGGAAAGAACGUACCUGCCAACGACUGGGAGUACCUGAGUCACAUAUAUACGCUGGAUUUGAAUGAGACUUAUGGAGUGGUUGAGUCGUGGCAAAAAUUAAUCGAAGACUACGUGAGGAAUUAUCAAACAGACGGUAAGUUUUUGAUUAUGGAGGCUUAUACAACCCAGGAAAAUGUGAUGAAGUAUUACACGGUUGGCGCGAAUCCAUUCAACUUCAUGUUCAUUUCGGAUCUUAACGUCAAUUCGACAGCCGUGGAUUUUAAAAGAGUUAUAAAUAACUGGAUAAACGCCGUACCCAAAGGUAAGGUGUUAAAUUGGGUCACAGGUAACCACGACAAUCAUCGCGUUGCCUCAAGAUUCGGCAAAGAUAAUAAUAGAGCCGAUCAGAUCAGCAUGCUAGCGAGUAUGCUGCCUGGUAUCAUGGUCGUAUACAAUGGUGAUGAGAUUGGAAUGGUUGACCGGUUUUUCACGUAUGAAGAAACAAUUGAUCCGGCUGGUUGCAGUGCUGGACCAGAGCGCUAUCAACUAGCUUCCAGAGAUCCGGAAAGAACACCCUUCCAAUGGGAUGACUCGAUCAGCGCUGGGUUCUCUAAUAGUCAAAAAACUUGGCUACCCGUUCAUGAUAAUUACAAAACAUUGAAUUUGGCGAAGCAAGAGAAAGAUAACGUAUCUCAUUAUAAAGUAUUCCAAGCUUUAAUGAAGCUUAAGAAAACUGAAACUUUGCAAAAGGGCAAAGUCGAGCUGAUUGUCACACCUGGCGGACAUGUAUUAGUGGUUGUUCGAAGACCAAUCGAUGGAAAAGGAAAUCCUAUUGUAUUACUAAUCAAUUUUGAAGAUAGAGAAGUGAACCUUGAUAUCAGUAUUUCUGCCAAUAUUCCUCCGAUGAUGAAAGUAUACACGGCUAGUGUGGAAUCAGGAUAUAAAUUAGGAACAGUUCUCAAUACACGUAACUUAAAACUUCCAAGGGCAGCAUCUGUUAUUUUGGAAUAAAAGGUUGUAGCUUUGAACUCUGUAGCAAUCGAGUUAUUGAUUGAAUAUUUGGUUUAUUGUUAUUAAUGGAGAAUUUGAAUAAAACUUUUGAUGCAGUAAAAGGA